AAGGAAGGGGCUUUAGGGUUUAAAGGUUUAGGUUUAUUGGUUUAAUGGCGCUAGGUUAAGAACAGAAUAUUCCAGAGCAUCUUACCUUGAAAGAGAUCUCAUGUAUACGGAGAGAAGAAUGCGAGGAGAGAUCGCGCGGCGCGUCACUGCGGUGGUGGGCGUCGGGCCUGGCCUGGGCCUCUCAAUCGCGCGGAGGUUUGCUCGCGAGGGCUACAUCGUCGCCAUUCUCUCCCGGAACCUAGAGAAGCUCAUGAAAUUGGCCGAGGAGAUCGUGGAGAAGGAGGCCAAGGCGCAGGUCGCGGCGAUUCGAAUCGAUUGCGCCGAUGGCAAGUCCGUCAAGGAGGCAUUCGAGGCCGUCCACUCGCUCGGCGCGGUGGAGACUUUGGUCUUUAAUACCAACACUCCAUUUCCAUGGCCGCCUCCCAAGUUCACGGACGUCAAGCCCGAGUCCUUCGAGCGAUCCAUCACGGUGCCAAUCAUGGGCGCGUUCUACUGUGCUCAACAGGUGCUGCCAGGCAUGGUCGAGCGAAGAAAAGGAAGCAUUCUCUUCACUGGCGCCACUGCUUCGCUGCGAGGAAGCGCUGGUUUUGCAGAGCUUGCUUGCGGUAAGUUUGGCCUGCGAGGUCUCGCGCAAUGCCUGGCGAGAGAAUACCAGCCGCAGGGGAUUCACGUCGCUCACGUUGUCAUCGAUGGUAUGAUCGCUUCGUCGCAGAAUGCCAAUGAUCAAACUGGGCUAAACCCAGAUGCCGUCGCCGAUAGCUUCUGGCAGCUGCAUUGCCAAGACAAGAGCGCGUGGACCAUGGAACUGGAUUUGCGACCCUUCUUCGAGAAAUUCUAGAGACAUCCCUGUACAGUUUGUGUGUUUUAUAGGAGCUCCCCUGUUUUAGGGUUCUUGGA